CUUAUUUCUUCUACUGUUAGUCGCAAUGCCUCCCGAAAGACAACCCCCCCAAAAGAGACGCCGCCUUCCCUUCAAUCCUCCAAGUCGCGCAUCCCCAAGCGCCAGCGCCGGCCCCUCCACGAGCACAUCCAAAGCGAAACCUAAAACGAAGCCCUCCAAGCCCACCGAUCCCACAACAUCAAAAGAAACAACAGCAGCACCCGCCUCAUCCUCAUCAUCUAAACCAAAAGCCAAACGCUCGCAACCCGCGCAACCAAAAGAAAAAACGCAAUCACAAAAACAAAAAGACAAGCGGCCCGCGCGCACCGAAAGCCCACCACCCUCCGCUUCGGGGUCGGCAUCCGGCUCCGAAGCAGGCAGCAGCAGCAACGGUAGCAUCAGCAGCCGCGAACCCUCCCCAGAGCCAGACUACAUCCUCGCGGAGAUAACAGACGCGCAGCCCGAAGCCGACGAUGUCCUCUCGAGUGAGCCUGCCAUUCCGACGAAGCUGCUCACGCGGUUGCUGCACCAGCAUUUCCAGAAUCCGAAGACGAAGGUGGCGAAGGAGGCGAAUUCGGUUAUCGCUAAGUAUGUGGAUGUCUUUGUGAGGGAGGCGUUGGCGAGGGCGGCGUAUGAGAGGGCGGAGGGUGGUGGGGGUGAUGGGUUUUUGGAGGUUGAGGAUCUUGAGAAGAUGGCGCCGCAACUUACGAUGGAUUUCUGAGUACACCGUUGUUGAUAGGGGAUUGUUU